UUCCUGUUUUGGUUGAAAAUGUUGGAAGGGGACGCGAGGGGUUAAAGCAGGUGCAGCUUUUGUUUCUGCGUUCCCGGAACAAAAGAAAAUGCCCCUCCGUCCUCAGACGUCAUUCACCAUUUAAUCGGAGACUCUAUUUCGACGUCUGAAUUUACGAGGAAACAGAAUGGCGAUAAGUAUGAGCAAAGCAGACGGUGUCACAACUUUGACAUUGGUCGCCGACCCCACAAGUUGCUGUCCCCCUCUGUGCCAAAUCUUGGGGGGCCUGUGCUACAGCCCCACGUCCUGUUCAGUGUCUCGACGCCUGGGGGGAUUCAUGGGGACCUCUCAGACUGUAUUGGGGGCGCUGCACAUCAUGACGGGGCUGCUCAACAUUGGCCUGGGAGUCAUCCUCAUGUGCAGCGGACGUGGCUCCUCGUGGGAAAUGGACUCAUCUGGCUACCCAUACUGGUUGGGAGCGCUGUUCAUCCUCUUCGGCAUCAUCUGCAUUUUAUCGGAGAGGUUCCCCAGUCCAUGUCUGGUGAUAGUCAACGUGAUUCUGAACUUGUCAGGAAUUGGCUUCGCCAUCGCUGGCAUCGUUCUUUAUGCCCUUAACAUGUCCAACAUAUUCCUCUGGAACAUUUGCGAUGAUGACGAUUAUUACAACUGGUCCCAAACCACCACCAGAAGCCCGAGUGGCACCGAGCAGCAGUACUUGCAGCGCUGCCUAGAGGGCAAGGCUCUUAUACUCAUGCUGCUGAGAAGCAUCAACGGCAUGGCCGUUGUACUGUGCGUCCUGGAACUCUGCCUGGUUAUCAGCUCCUCCGUGUUGGCCAUCAAAUCUCUUUGUCGCCACGGCAACGGCGUGCACCACCAUGACCCGCAGAGCCGUGACGAGCCAGAAGGUGGAUACAAGCAAAUUCCGGAGGAGGAAGUCAUGGCCUAACGUCCGCCGUGGUCUUCAUCUCUAUGCACUCUUACAUCUGCAAUUUUUGUAUAGAUCUUCAUUCUUUUUGCACUUUGUUCAAGAUUUGAGUUGACAAGUGUGGCAAGUUCUCUCCCACGUGUCAAUUGGGCACACUUGACCAUCAAUGCAUUUUGAAUGUGGUGUACAGUCAAACCUCGGUUUUCGACCAAAAUCCAUUCCAGAAAGCGGUUCGCGAAGUGAAUCGUUCGAAUUCCGAAUCUAUUUUUCCCCUUACAAAUAAUGGAAAAAAUUUUAAUCCGUUCCAAGACAAAAAAAAAAAAAAAAACAUUUUCUAAGCAUUUUUUCAUAUGCGCAUUUCACUGCAGUGCAUCGCCGACCGCGCAACUGCACCGCGCUGGUUGCAUUAUUGUGACAGAGCCGUCGCUGAAAUUUAGAAAAUAUUUUUAAAGUCCUGAAGUACUCUCCAAAAUUUAAGUGGACCUCAGUGCGCAGGGAGGUUGAUUUGGUCCGACCGCGCAACUGUAGCGUGCCGAGCGCUCACUCUCACAUUGCUUUAAGAGCGUCUUUGUGUUUUAGGAUGGCUUUUACUGCUCCCACUUGCUUCCUUUGGAGGCAUGAUUAGAGUUGAUGCAACCCUCAGAGUAACGGAAAUACAAUAACAACAAAGUCAGUCGGCAUCCAGGCCGUGCGGUUGGGUUUUCUCGGGUCCUCUCGGCUCAUCUCGCGAGGUUCGACCUCCGAACUUUGUUCGACAACCGAAGCAAAAAAAUCUUGAUUUUUUUUUUUUGGUUCAAAUUCCGAUUUAUUCGAAAACCGAGGUUUGACUGUAUUUUUGGCUGCUUGCAUCUUAUUUUCUCUUUUUUACGUUAAGACUUGUUGACAAAUAUAAAGACAUUUGGGAAUUAUUUUUCUUGUUUUUUGUCAAUACAGUGUAAACAUUAACCUGUUCACCAUUUCCCCCAAGUACAUUUUGGGGGGUAAGUGCUAACGCAGAUUUUUUUCCCCAUGAAAACGUGGUAUAUCUCUGAUUAUUAAAAAAAAAAAGUUAAGUAAA